UGGCUGAGUCGAGUGUGGGCCUGGCGGGAGCUGAGCAAAUUUUACAAUGGGCGAGUGAAAUACUUGUAUCGUCUCCAAGACCGGGUAUUGAGCGGAGGAGCCGCACGUAAACGAUUGCGACGAGCGGCAUAAUGCAGAGGUGGACAACGUAGCUGCAACUCAUUUUCGCUGUGAAUUUUCGUGCUGCAACCUUCAGCCAGGACUUCGCAGUACCGCGGGCUGCACUCGCAACACAAAAUUUGCUCGACCUAUUCGUGUUUGCAGCGCAUUGGUGAUCGAAUCGUGGCCUCCGUCCGUCCUGUCCACAGCAGCAGUAGAGGCGGAACAGCCACCACCACCACCACCACCACCACCCAGUACCAGCAGGAGCGGCAGCGGAAAGAAUCAGUGUACGUGUUAGCCCCUGACCAGCUAGCUAGCUGCGCGGUUAGCCAUGCCGGGAAGGUCGAUCUUCAAGCGUGCCAAGGCGUCCGGCUCUGACAUUGCACAGAGCGCUGAUGCAGGGAAGACGAGUCAGCAGCAGCAGCCGCUCAACAAGUACGAUGAACGGGUCCUGGUGGCCGCUGAGAAGGGUGACCUCUCCGGCCUAAAGUCUGCAGCGAAGAAAGGAGGCUCCUUCGUCAAGCUGAGCACCGAAGGUCUUGCAGCGAUCCACUUUUCCUGCCACCAUGGUCAUAUGCAGCUGGCGGAGUACAUGAUACAGCACGACCCUGGAUGUGUGAUGGGCAAGGACAAGCAAGGCCGCACACCAAUCCACCACGCCAGCAGAUCGGGACACCUCUUGUGUUUGCAGCUGUUGAUGCAGGGUCAUACAUCUGCAGAUCUACUGUGUGAGGUUGAUGGAAUGGGCAUGGCACCACUUCACUAUGCAGCAUACGGCCAUCAUCUCAGUGUUGUCAAGUACCUGCUCGAGCGGGAGUGUCCAGUCUCUCAGCAGGAUGAGAAUGGUCUAACACCUCUUCUGUACGCAUGCGCCACCGACGGAGCUCCAGUUGCUCAGAUUCUUCUUGAUAGUGGCGCCGACGUUAACUCCACCAACGACGACAACCGAACCCCGUUGAUGCUGGCAAGUGAGAAGGGCUUCACGAAAAUUGUUGAUCUUCUACUGCGCCACGGUGCGAAGACUGACCUGGUGGACUCCUCGCAGAACACUGCUGCUGAUCUGGCAGUGCGGAACGGCUUUGAUUCCAUCAAGGCACAGAUAGCUGCCCAGCCACCGAUGGCAUCAUGGCAACUGGGUGUCAAGCCCGGAUCUGAGAACCGAGCUGUUGUAACCGCCAGUGGGACUGGGUUCAAUAAGACGGUGUCGGACACCUCGCUGAUGUCCGAUGUUGUACCCACAUCAGGUGCGGCAGCCUCAGCACCAAGGAAACUGGUUGUCACUGAUAGGAGCAUUAAAGACAGGAACGUACCAGAUGGCAAGCAGGGUCUGAAGGCGGCAGCACAACUAUCACGUGUUGCUGACGGAAGCGAAGACGAUGAAGGCGAGGAUGGCUGGAAAGAGCAAGUGCAGGAUCUCACUAUACAAUUGUCUCAAGUCCGACGUGAACUACGCCGAGAAGCUGACCAGCGCAAGAAAACUGAAGAUGAGGUACAGACACUCAAAGGUCAACUGGAGUCAUUCAGGGCAGAGGACAGCGAUGAGAAACAGAAGGACAGUGAGUUGGACUUCUCAGACGAUAAUGAAGAAGACACAUUGCCAGAUGUCGGUGGAGCAAGGAAAGCGGACGGCGCUGGUGCAUUCGGUCUCAUCAAAGCACAGCAGAUGAUCAAACAGCUACGUGAAGAACUCGACGCGGCCAAAGGCGAGCAGGAUUCCUCCCAAGAGGUGCAGUCGCUGAGGGCAGAGGUCAAGCAGCUUCAGUACGAGAAGUCGGUCUUGGCUGAUAAACUGGACGAUUCGGAUACGGAGAGCCAGGCUGUGCCCACUGUGCCACUAGCAGCCUAUCAGAACCUGAAGGAGUCGCAGGAAGAGAUCCUCAGUAAUGUCCAGAAGCAACUAGCUGCAGCACGACAGGAGCUUGAGGAACGCGAGCGUGAAAAUGCUGCUUCUUCGCCGAUACUGGAGGCCGAGAUCACAUCACUCCGAGACAAGCUGUCGAAUCAAGACGAGGAGCACAAUCGUGUCAUCCAGCUGUAUCGGCACCAUAUCCUGGCAGCGGCCAACGGAUACAUCCAUCCAAGCGUUCAGGAUAAGCUCGCCGCAAUCGCACGGCUCCGUCAGACUAGCUCACCCUGAAGCUGAAGCUAGAGCGGAGCGUAACAGCAGCACGCUCACAUGCUCCUCGUAGCGAUAGUUCAAGUUGCUUCCGUUACGCUCAAACUUGGCUAACACACAAAAUGAGUACCCCGUAGUCUUGAUUUCUAUUGAAGUAUUUGUUCACACUACACAGUCUCUUUGGUACUUGGAAGUAGCACUUAGACAAGUAUUUAAUGUUAAACCGGAGUCGACUAGUUGGUUAAGGUGAACAUGCUUCAUUGUACCGAUCUUUGCCUAAUAGAGAACAGAAUGGUGUUCGUUCUUACAGUACAGAGUGACACAAUAUGAAAUGGAGUACGAGAGUCGUAUUUAGCUCAGCCAUGAUGCGCUUCAUUCAGAUUUCACCCAUACUCUUACUAAUAAUAAUAAUAAUGCAUACCCAGCUCGCAUGCAGCUUGUAUAAAAUAAUAGUUGAGGUCCAUGCAUCUGCCUAGCUGGCCUGGGGGGCAUUAAUCUCUCUCAAUUGCCUUGAAUGCUGCAUCCGAACACAA